GGGACCUGUCAUCAGGCGACGAGUGACGGUGGGCGGGAUUUGGACGGCGCGCCGGGCUUCGCGGCUCACGUCAGGGAUUCCCGGCUCCGGCUAUUGAUCGGACGGCGAGAGGGAGCGCGGCCGCGGGGAGCCGGAGCCUGAGAGACCGGGAGAUCGGAGCGUGAGGCCCGGGGAGCGGGAGCCUGAGAGACCGGAGCGGGAGAGAGCGCCGGGGCGUGAGGAGCGGGACAGAGCCAAGGCCCGAGGCUGAGAGGAGCCGCCGACGCAGUGUGGGGCCGUCAAUGCCAUGUGAUGUGGAGCUUCACCGAGGCAAUCUACCGAUCGAGCCCCCAGGAAAAGGUCUGGGACGUACAGUGGCAGCAUUUCAGCUGACAUAGAGACCAGAGCCAAGGGGGGCUGCACCGGUGGGGGCGAAGAGUGGUGAGACAGAGGGACAAAUGGAGAGAACGGAGAAGAGGUAUCUCAAUGCGGAGAGCGAGGAUGAGAUGGAGGUGUUUGGUUACCGGCCCUGCUGGUGGAAGAUGGGUCUGGUGGGUGCAGGCACCGUGUGCAGUGGUGGCCUGCUGCUCCUCUUCCUCUACUGGAUGCCUCAGUGGAGCGUCAAGUGCACGUGUCAGGAGGUCUCGCUCAAAGAGGCUUCUGUGCUGCUGCUCUGGACCACGGACGAGUUCCGCACUUGUUUCCGGGUUCCGAGUGCACAGCAUGGAGGCUCCGGGGUACGAACCACUGGGCACUAGCCGCUCCCGGUGACCAGAAGAGCCUGCCUGCAGCCCG